AUUCCAGCCACCACAGCAGCGUUCAAGGAGAGUCCGACUCGGAGCCAGAGGGUUUCAUCUCCAACAUGACCAGCAAGCUCGGCAGCAUAUUCUCAAGCGACAGCAGCGAUGCCGACGUCAGUGAAAAUGAGGACAACGACGACGGCAUCGACAUGUCACUGGACAAGCCUGUUUUCCUAACCUCUCGGGGACCCGUCCACAUGACGGCUGGUUGGAUUUUUUUCUCCCUCUUGCCUCUUUUAUGUUUUUUUUUUUUUUGAUGUUGUGUGUGUGGUUGUGUAUAUUUUUUUGUUGGAGAUUUUUUAAUCGGCUUGACCAAUGUGGCAUCACUUAAAUUUCUUGUGGUUUAGUAUGGGGCUUGAGGUAGGAGAACAUCACUGCUAGAAGAAAAAUAUUGGAUUUCUCCUCUGUAGAAACAUCAGAUGAUAAAACUAGAACUGAAUAUCUGUGAUUAUAAAUAUGAAACAGUAAUGAUGAUCUUAAUGCAGCGGGCUAAAAGCUUACCAACAAAGAUUUGAAUGAAUUUAUUAUUUUUUUUUUUAAUGGAAUAAAUGAUAAUAUUGAAUCUUUGAUAAAAUAUGCUAAUCAAAAACAUUGCUACAUUUAUAUUCCAAGUAUUUCAAGUUUAUAGUUUCAAGUAGGGCCUAUACUCCAAGUUUAGCUCAGUUAUUUUCACAUUUAAUUUUGCCUUCAUAGUGUCACAUUUUUGUCACACAUAUCUACACACUGAUACAUUUUCGUUUCCAAGUCUUUAUGCUGUCAUGUUUCCAUAAAUUGUGGUGCACUGACAAAGUUGAGUUUUUGCAUAAUAUUUUGUGAGUCUGAUGGAUAAAUUAUAACAAGUUAAAAUUAGCUUGCCUUGACUUUACCACACUGUUAUUUGAUGUUACAGUCACCAAAGUGGAAUCUUCUGCUCAAAACUUUAUAUGCUUCAAUAAUUCUUGUUCGAUUUUUUUACCCAAUUUUUAUAUUAUUUUUGCAUGGUAAAGUGUCAUUAUAUUUUGUGUGCCAAUGUAAUUGAUCGUUAACUCUUUAUUAUACACCUAUUGGGUAAAACAAACAAAACUGUAACGUUUUUUUGUACAUUUAUCAUUUUAAUAAGUUUUAAAUGUUUGCAUAGAUUUAAAUGCAUUACAUAAGUUAAAUAAUAAAUUGACUUUACAUUUAAUGUUAACUAGUGUGACAUUUUAUGUGGGAAGACAAAAUCAAAUUUAUCUUUCACCUAUGAUUUUAUAGGGCGCUCUCCUUUUGUUGUUUAGUUCAGUAGAAUAUUCAGUCAGUCAAUGUUGUGGUCAAUGCCAUUUAUCUGUUGAAAAUGGCAUUACCUGUUGUUAGUGUCCUGGUGGCUUCCUUUUUAUUUGUUUAUAUUGUACGUAUGAAUUUUGGUAGUCAUGAUCUUAAAAUUAAUUACAUCAGUCCAUAAUUAAUCAAAUUAAGGAAAAUCAAAAUAUAUUUUGGACGAAAAACGUUUUGAUAAAAUGCGUAUUUCUUUCUACGUUAGAUUUUUAAAUUACACCCAUAGGCUUAAGUUUAUAUCUGUUAACUUAUGUUUAUAUCCAUAGGCUUAAGUUUUUAUCUAUAGACUUACGUUUGCAAUAGGCUUAAAUACACUGGAUUAUAUCCAUAGACUUAAGGUUUCAUUCAUAGACCUAUUGAUGAUAUCCACAGACUUAUUAAUUAUAUCCAUAAACUUUUCAGAAUUGGCGUUAAUUCUCUGAUUAUAUCCACAGACAUUUAGGUUAUUUCCAUAGAUUAGAUAUAACUUUACUUUUCUUUACAUCACCAGGAUCUGCUCUGGGCUUUGAUGAAAUUGACGCUGCACAUGCUGGGGAAGACGAAGGGGGUGAAGAGGUGCACAAGUGCAUGUACGUCAUGGUGGAGUCUGUGGACAGGCUGCAGCUGAAUGUGACACCCCAGUCUAUCGAAGUGCUCAAAGAUGUUGUACAGGUGGGUUAAUUAAUUAACAGCUAGUCAGGCUUUGUGGUACCGAUGGGUUAAUUAAUUAACAGCUAGUCAGGCACUGUGGUACAGGUGAGUUUAUUAAUUAACAUCUAGUCAGGCACUAUGGUACAGGUGAGUUUAUUAACAGCUAGUCAGGCUUUGUGGUACAGGUGAGUUUAUUAAUUAACAGCUAGUCAGGAACUAUGGUACAGGUGGGUUAAUUAAUUAACAGAUAGUCAGGAACUGUGGUACAGGUGGGUUAAUUAAUUAAUAGCUAGCCAGGCACUGUGGUACAGGUGAGUUUAUUAAUUAACAGCUAGUCAGGCACUGUGGUACAGAUGGGUUAAUUAAUUAACAGCUAGUCAGGAACUGUGGUACAGGUGGGUUAAUUAAUUAACAGCUAGUCAGGCACUGUGGUACAGGUGGGUUAAUUAAUUAACAGCUAGUCAGGCACUGUGGUACAGAUGGGUUAAUUAAUUAACAGCUAGUCAGGAACUGUGGUACAGGUGAGUUAAUUAAUUAACAGCUAGUCAGGCACUGUGGUACCGGUGGGUUUAUUAAUUAACAGCUAGUCAGGCACUGUGGUACCGGUGGGUUAAUUAAUUAACAGCUAGUCAGGAACUGUGGUACAGGUGAGUUGAUAUUUCAUACCAACAUUAUGAACACUGCUUAAUUCAAAGUUCACUCAUAUAAUUAUUUUUUUUUAUUAGAAAUAGUGCUCAUUUGCUGACUCCACCGUUUAUUAUUGUUAUAUUUAACUCUAUAAUCACUGAUGGAGCCGUCCAUUGUUGUUAUUCCUCACAUGCAAUCUAACACAAGCCUUGCUUCUGUCCAGGCACUCACGAACCCCAACAAGUCUGCACUGCAGUCUGUUAGAACCAUGCCAAGGUUUAAAGUCAACAAUGAGGUAGGUGGAUGGGAUCAACCGAAAGCGUCUCACAAAAUUUUUUAGAGAUCCAGUUUUUUUCCUAUUCUUUUCAUUUGCAACAAAUAUUUUUUUUUAUAAACAAUGCCAAAGUCUUGCUUUUAACUCCUGUACAAAUCUUCUCUAUAAUAAGCAUAGAAAGUUUCUGGAAAAAAUAUGAUUCAUUAAAAAAACAAAAAAACACUUGUAUCAUAUGCACCUGCCUUGGCCAAUUAGGUUGCCGAAAUUGAGUAAAAAUUUGUGCAUAUUAUACGGAAGAUUUUAUGGUAUUCUGGCUUACUUAUUAUGUCAACCCACUUCACCACAUUAAAACACUCACAAACUUUUUUAACUAAAAAUAGCUUAAAGCUAUAUUAUCUAUUUGAUUUAAUUAAUAAUUAUUUUUUUUUUUUUAGCUUGGACUUCAUGCUUACAUCACAUGUCAUCCCAAAAUUAAGGUGAGAAAAAUCAUUUUUCAUUUUACACAUGAUUUUUUCCUGCAUUUCCAAGUACCCAUGAGAGUAUUAUUAUAUGUGGUACAUACAAAGGGCAGUGUGAAUUCUUUCUUUAUUUUUUCAGUUCAUAAUAAUAAUGUCCACCUGACUAAUAAAAUGAGUUGUUGUCAUGGCCUAUCUGUGCCAAAAUUUGGACUGUCUACUAACAAUCAGCCAAUGUCAUCUACUCACAGAUCCACAAGGAUCACAUAAAGAAUGCCACAAUUUACCACACUGGACAAGAUGACAACAUCAUACAUCCAGUGGAUUACGAGAACGACAUUGAUACCAUUGAUGGGGUUGAUAACAGAUCAGACAGAAGGCAAGGAGUUCGCCUUUCAUUUCUUACAUUAUCAUGGCUUUUAUUUCCACUGCAAUUUUUAAAAAAAUCAUUUUAACUCAUUCUUCACUGCAUCCGGGUUUCCUUAUUAAACAUACCAACACACCUUCCAACACAAUUAAAAUACAGCUACAACACACCUACCAACACACCUACAACACACCCACCAACACACUUAAAAUACAGCUACCAACACACCUACAACACACCUAAAAUACAGCUACCAACACACCUACCAACACACCUACAACACACCCACCAACACCUAAAAUACAGCUAACAACACACCUACCAAAACACCUACAACACACCCACCAACACACUACAACACACCCACCAACACACCUAAAAUACACCUACCAACACACCUACAACACACCCACCAACACACCUAAAAUACAGCUUCCAACAAACCUAAAAUACAGCUACCAACACACCUACCAACACACCUAAAAUACAGGUACCAACACACCUACCAACACACCUACCAACACACCUAAAAUACAGCUACCAACACACCUAAAAUACAGCUACCAACACACCUACCAACACACCUAAAAUACAGCUACCAACACACCUACCAACACACUUACCAACACACCUAAAAUACAGCUACCAACACACCUAUCAACACACCUAAAAUACAGCUACAAACACACCUACCAACACACCUAAAAUACAGCUACCAACACACCUACCAACACACCUAAAAUACAGCUACCAACACACCUAAAAUAUGCCUACCAACACACCUAAAAUACGCCUACCAACACACCUUCUUCUUCUAAUAUAUUUGAGGGCCCAGGAUCAAUGAAUUGAUCAUUCUGGCUCCUACGUUUCAGAGGGGUUUGCGAUGUUACUGUGCAUGGUUUGCAUGAGGAUACUUCACUGGUUGCAAGGGCUACUCAGCAGUGGUGUUACGAACUGGGGGUUGGAUUACAGGGGGCAAUAAAAACAAAUGCAUCAAGUGUAGUCGCCCCAACUGUUGCUUUUGGAAGCUUGUUCCAGUCCCUUAUUGUCUUUGGCAGGACUGAGGAGCUCUUGUACUGAGUUCUUGUUUUUAUUAGCCGGAACUGUCUUUCGUGGCCUCUAGGGGUGAGAUGGACGAGCUUCUGUUUAAUGUUGUAGCAGUGGACCAGCCCAUUUUUUAUCUUGUACAACAUGGAGAGCCUGGACAGUCGUCAGCACUCUUCCAAUGUAGACCAGUCCAGUCUUUCCAGCAUUCUGCCAACACACCUCAAGUACAGCUACCAGCACACUUACAUGCACAGCUACCAACACACCUAAAGCACAGCUACCAGCACACUUACAUGCACAGCUACCAACACACCUAAAGCACAGCUACCAGCACACUUACAUGCACAGCUACCAACACACCUAAAGCACAGCUACCAGCACACUUACAUGCACAGCUACCAACACACCUAAAGCACAGCUACCAGCACACUUACAUGCACAGCUACCAACACACCUAAAGCACAGCUACCAGCACACUUACAUGCAUACCUACCAGCACACUUACAUGCACAGCUACCAGCACACUUACAUGCACAGCUACCAACACACCUAAAGCACAGCUACCAGCACACUUACAUGCACACCUACCAACACACCUAAAGCACAGCUACCAGCACACUUACAUGCACACCUACCAACACACCUAAAGCACAGCUACCAGCACACUUACAUGCACAGCUACCAACACACCUAAAGCACACCUACCAACACACCUAAAGCACAGCUACUAACAAGUGAAUAGAUAAAAAAAGAUGAAACAAAAUAAAAGUCUCUGGGGAGCUUUGUUUAUGAUUUUCAGUGAAUUGAUAAGAACAGAACCUGGCAAGAGGGAGGGGGGAGCUUUGUUUAUGAUUUUCAGUGAAUUGAUAAGAACAGAACCUGGCAAGAGGGGGGGGGGGAGGUGUAUUUAUGAUUUUCAGUGAAUUGAUAAGAACAGAACCUGGCAAGAGGGAGGGGGGGAGCUUUGUUUAUGAUUUUCAGUGAAUUGAUAAGAACAGAACCUGGCAAGAGGGGGGGGGGGGGAGCUUUGUUUAUGAUUUUCAGUGAAUUGAUAAGAACAGAACCUGGCAAGAGGGAGGGGGGGAGCUUUGUUUAUGAUUUUCAGUGAAUUGAUAAGAACAGAACCUGGCAAGAGGGAGGGGGGGAGCUUUGUUUAUGAUUUUCAGUGAAUUGAUAAGAACAGAACCUUGCAAGAGGGAGGGGGGGGAGGGGUAGUGGCUUAGGAGGGAGUGGCUUAACAGUAUGAUUAGAUUAAAACCCCCUUUUUUUCCUACAGCUCUACAACUGGCUGUUCUGUAGCAAACAUGCUGGCUAAAGCCGGCCACACCCUGGUCAGUGCUGGGGCUUUUGUGUUUGACGAUGAUGAUGACUACCUGUCGGGCAAGCAGGUUGACUAUCACAGGCUCAAGCUGCAGGUAGAAAAACCCAAACUCUCAUGGAUUGAUUCUCAAAUUUGUUGUCCCUGAGAAAAACUUUUUAGUUUUGUUUUUUUUAUUUAAAUUUUGGCAAAUAAAUCGGCAUCUCCUUACACUACCCAACCCCUCAAAGCAAAAGACCUACCCCCAGUUAACAUACAAAUAUAUUCAUAUUAAAAAAUACUUAGUAAUUGAAUUCAAACUUAGUGUGUAUUUAAAAUCAAAUGAAAAACUGAUAUUUCACAUUUUUAAAAAAUUCGUAUUCAUUGUUCCUUUGGAAGUGUUAAACAAUUUCCCUUUAAUAUCUUUUGUAAUUGAGAUACCUUACACUAGAGACUUGGGGUCGUGUGGUGCUCUUUAAAUAUAUAUAUUAUAUUAAAUAAAAUUGUUUAUGAAAUUUUGUAUUUGAUGACUUGAUUAAGACCUGUUUUGUUUGUUCUUGACAGGUCGAAGGAUUCGAACAAACUCCUUCUAUUCUACACAAGCGCGCUUGUAGAAGACUGAUCCCGCUCACCCCUAUCAAAGUAAGUCAUGUUUAAUUCAGAGGCUGCCUAACUUUGAAUGCAGUCAUUCAUCAACACUAGUUUUAUCAUUACUUGGUACGUGUAUUUUUAAGUAACCACAAACCUCUUCUUGAAUAGAAACUUGCUACUCUAGAAAAAAAAAUUCAUUACGAUUCCGACCAUGGAAUAGAUAUUUUCAAAACUUGGACAAAUUUAAGAUUUAAAUUAAUAUUUGUAAGCUGUACAUUCUUGAUAUGCAUUUUAAGAAUUGAUAAUUUCAAAACUUGGACAAAUUUAAGAUUUAAAUUAAUAUUUGUAAGCUGUACAUUCUUGAUAUGCAUUUUAAGAAGAAAAGAUUACUUUGCUAUAAAGUACAUACCCCUCUGACUAUCAUAUUUUGCUGUUUGAUUUUCUAAAUCUAUUGCUUUGACCAAAUUGCUCAAGUGGAUGGGGAAAUAAAAGGGGGAGUUGGGAGGGGCACCUCUUUCACUUAACCAUCACUUUUCCUCCUCCGUUGUGUCAUUGACUCGUUUCUAUUUCUUUGUGACUAGUCUGAUGAGGUUGAACUUGAGGUUUGUACAAGAGUUUUCAGUGUUUUUGUGUUUUCACAUUGUUAUUAAUACCUGAUCAUUUACUGCUGUCUGUGCUGUGCAUUGCUGUUAAUGUAUUCAUUCCUUGACAAGGCUGUCCAGGGCCGGCCUUAGGCCACUGCAACCCAUGCGGCCGCAGUGGGCCCCUCACUUUCAUAAGCCCCACUUUCUAAUACAAAAUUUUAAUUUUCACUUAUUAUCCUUAUUUAUUUAUUUAUUUAGGCAUUUUUAUAUAGCGCUUACCUUAAAGCUCUAAGCGCUUUACAAUUAUUAAAAACAUGAAAACUAAGUAAAAUAAAAAUGAGACACUAGGAUAGUAACUACUAUACUAUAGAAACAAUUAAAAUGGCUAUAAAACGAGGACACUUUAUCCCUACCCAGACUGGGCCCCAUGCAAUCCGUUUUGCAUAGGGCCCCGCAAUUGUUAGGGCCGGCCCUGAGGCUGUCCAUCUAUUAUGUAUUUAUGUUAAGGCACUAGAGAUUUCAACAUUUUCUUUUAUUUUUUUUUUAAAUAUUAUGUAGAUCUUUAUUAUAGAUUGGUGUGAUUGCAUUUUAACUAUUUUUUUUUUAUAAUACCUAUUCAAAUGGAUUUUAAAAAGUGCAAAGAAUAGUGACAUGAAGUUUUCACAGAAUUUACUUUUAUUCAAGAAAAAAAAAAAAAAUUAAAUUUAUUUAAAACAAGCCCCCCCCCCCCCCCUUAUUUUUGAUCCACUCUUUAAAGACACUACAUUAUUUUCUUUGCAGUUUUGGCAAUGUCCAUAAUGAUAGCUAAAGCUUUUUAUAUUGUAUAUUGUUCUCCUUUGUACUAAAGAAUGUGAUGAGCAUCAGCGGGUUCAGUGUUGUGAUUGUCUUAGACUUUACUUUUACCAACAAACAAAAAAAAAAAGAGAUCGAUAGCACUUUUAAGUUUUCAAUUAGUAAUUUACUUUAUUUUGUAUAGACGUUUAAACAUUUCACAAAAUUUUUAAUUUGUAAAUUUUUUCUUGAGAUCAGGGCGUCAAAUGAGUAGAUCUAAACAUUCUCUGGUUGUGUAAAAGGUGUUAACGUUUUUGUGUCUAGCUUCUGCAGCAUUUGCUAAUGUUGCUCUGUUUCAGUCAGACGGCCAUCUUGCAUACUCAAAAUGAGCAGCUGAGCUUUAUAUAUGUGUAUAUAAUUUUUUUUCUACAUUCUUUUAUGAUCCCAUGUAAAGUUGUUGUGUUUUAAUUCCUUGAAUAUUCUUUUGAAAUUAUUUAACCAAAAUUUUACUUCAUUUCAUUCAUAUUUAAAAAAAAUUUUAGUCACUAAAAACAUAGGUAAAUUAUUAAGAUUUUAACAUUUUAAUUUCUUUUUCCACUCAGAUUGUUAAAAAAUUAAAAAAAACGUUGUAUUCAUUUUGGGCAUUUAUAAUUUUUUCAAAUGUCCUCUCCUGAGAUAAAAUUCCCUUCAAAUAUGUAUCUAUUAAUGAAUGAUUACGAUGAUAGAAUUUCAUUAUUUAUGUUUGCUGAGCUCAUCAACUGCGAUGGUCAUAGCUCUUCGCAUAUUUUCAUCAUCACGUUUCAGAAUGGUAUGAAAUACUGUGCAGUCAUGGAGGUGGAUACCUGGCAUGGGAGUAAGACAGUCAGGCUGUACUCUCCACUGAAGGUAUGAGGACAUUUCAAUCUUUUCAUGGACAUUAUUUUAUAGUUAUUACGCUCUGUCAGCCUAACACAAUCAUUACAUCAGAAAGUUGUGCAUGACAUUCAUUAUUAAAAUAAGUGGAAAGCAUUUAAGAAUUGUACACUCCCAGCUAGAGAAAGUAAUGCUUGUUAAUUUAAUCUUUGAAGAAUGUUGUGUUCAGGAAGUUUCAGUAUGUUUGUGUGAGUGUACAUUAAUUAAAAAUGUAUAAUUCCACUAUUUCCAUAUGUUUUUCUCUUAAAAAAAAAAAAAAAAAGUCUACAUUGAAAGUUUAGCUUGAGUACUAUAGACACAAAGGAUAGCCGAUGCUAUGUAAUAUUUCAGCUUGAGAACCAUCUAACCAUGAGGAUUGAUGUGUACUGUAAGACAGAGGAUCUCAAAAGGUUCAAGGCCACUCGGGAAUUGGCAGGCACCGACACCUUCUCCAAACUGGCCACUGUCAAGUCUGGGGACACGUUCUACUUGCCCCUUUUUGUUGCCUAUCAUUGCCCGCUCUACAUCAAGCCUUCAGAAAUUCAGUAAGUUUUUACAUAGAUUAUCAAUCCGUAAUAGACAAAAGACACAAUGUGACACAAAUUCAAAGAAGAUUACCGGCUAAUGUGUAAAGGGAUUUUUUUUAAAUACAAAUACAGCAAUUUUACUCAUAUUUUUAUUUUUUGAUUUAAAGACACUAAUUAGUGUCUUACAUAAAGUUAUUCAUCACAGGUCAUCAUCAUCCUCAUCCAGCAGUCAAUGGGGAAUGUGUACUUUUUUUGGGGGGGCUUGUGUCUUUUGUUAGGGCAUGUGUCCUUUGUCCGGGAUUGUGUCCAUUGUUUGGGCAUAUGUCCUUUGCCCAUGGUAAAAAAUCUGCAUGUCUAAAUCAUACUAUUUGCAUCCAUUCAUUUUUAUAUCACUUUCUCGGCUGAUUAGAUAGGCAGCCAAACUAAACAAAAAUGAAGAGUAAAAACAGAGUGGUCAUUAGGUAUUUACAAACGAUGAGCAUUACUAUCUACAUUGGUCUACAACUACUUUGAAAUGUGAAUUCUUAUACAUGUCAUAAUUUCUUUCUAAGCUCUCAUUUGUCUUUUGAUACACCUAUGGCGCGAGAUCACCGACAAUUCUGUUUCAUGUACUAGCUGCUUUAGGCAAAAAUCUGAAACUUUAGAAGGUGGGGAAGGUAUCUUACAAAACACUGCUCAUCUUGAUUAUUCAACUUGGCAUAAAUGAGGGUAAUGACUUAUUAAGUCAUUAUUAUUGAGUUCAUUCAUUGAUGGCUGAUUUCUACGCUAGAGAAAUACUUAAGAUAUCUUGUGUUUAAAUUGUUAUUAUUGAAAAAUGUUGCCUUAAAAUAUGUCUUUAUUUAUGUGCUGAAAAUGAAUAUGUACAUUGUAAUCAAAAAAACAUUUCCGUUUAUUUGAUCAAUUAAAGAAUCCUCUGACCCUCUGACAUGGCAUCCUCAUGUGGCCUGAAAUCCACACCCCCAAACUGCAGUUUUAAGUUGAAAAAAAUAUAUAAUAAAAUUGAAUGUCUUUCCCCUACCAGCUAUGAGCUGACCCACAAUCCUCUGUGGUGGCAGGAAAUGUUGCAGGGAAAAGAUAGAGUGAAGAACUUCAUGUGUCAGUCCUCUCAAGAAGAAAAGUCCUUUAACUUUAAGGUACGCUUUUCUGAACCGCCUCUUUGAACAUCAUGACAGCAGGUCAGUUUGGGACAAGAGAAGUGGCUUUUUAAAUAUGGAAACCUGAAGGAAAAAAAAUAUAACUAAGGCCCAUACAAAAAAAAUUAAAUAAAUACAGUGCACAAAUAAUGUAUUAAAUUCAUGUGUGCAGUGUCAUAUAUUUAAAAACCUUUAGCUGCACUCAUUCCACCACCACUCAUUCCACCACCACUCAUUCCGCCACCACUCAUUCCUCCACCACUCAUUGCACCACCACUCAUUCCACCACCACUGACUUUGUACCAUAUGGCUAUCCAUGUAACCAGUGUUUGCUUUUAAAAGAUGAAGUCUUAACGGAAUAAGCCAGGGUCAAGUUAUUUUUAUUCAUGACAGACCUUAUGGUUGAUGGGUGCAAGCGCAAAAUGGCAAAUGGCUUAUGUAUUGCAUGAUCACUACCAUAUCACAAUUUCUAAUCCUUGGAUACCAGAUUAUACAUUUUAUGAUUAUUACCAUAGCACCAUUUCUAAAUUCUAAAUGGUGGAUGCCAGAUUGUACAUUUUAUGAUUAUUUCCAUAGCACCAUUUCUAGUUGGUGGAUACCAGAUCAUACUUUUUUUUUAGAUGUAAGGGCACUUUCAAUACUCCUUCAUGUUUGAACAAUGAACUAAGAUUGUGUCAUAACCAAUAACAGGCUGUAUGCAAGGAGGGAGAUGGUCUCAAACCUCAUCCAAUUGCCCUGAGGAACCUGCCCUACUUUACCAUCAGCUUGUAUGCACCAGUUGUGUUACACAACUAUCUGCCCUAUGACAUACAGUUUUCACUUCAGGUAAAUUGAGAGUCUCAAUUUUAAUUAUGGAUUCUAUAUUUUUUCCCCUUUAUUUAUUUUUUUUUUGGUCAUUUAACUUUUACAGCACCGGGCGCGUCUUUUUGCAGUGACCUACUUUUUUCCCUGUGACCCAAGCGUGACUAUUUGCCACAAGGACAUAAUCUUUCACCAAAGUCUUGGGCAGAAUGUUUAUUCAUAAAGGAAUUUUCGAAUUUUAUUUUGCUUUUUAAAUUGUGAAAAUUGACCAAAUACUGAGUUUUUUGUGCCGAUCUGUGUUUGUUGUCAUCAACGGCAACGUCUCCACAAAUUAGAAUCAAGACACUUUAAAAAAUUGUAUCCUCUUUAAACCAAUUUGUGCAUAGGGCUAGAGAAGCAACGUUUACAAAGUUCCUUACAAAGUUCCUUAGUCAUGUUGGCCGAGUGGCAGUGCUCGACUGCCGUGCUAAAGUGCCCAGGUUCAAAUCCUGAUCAAGGCCAGGAUUUGUUCCUGGGUCUUUACACUGUCCCAAAGUCUACCCAGCCGUGACUAUAGUCAGGGCAAAGUCAAAGCGGCCGGGCACUGUGCUGGCCACACAAUCCCCUAGUGUUCCAUUGCCAAUUAGAAGUGUGAACAAUACACAUUAGUAUUUUUAACACCCUUAUCCAUAUGAACAGAUAAUGCUCUACAUGUUAUGAUCAAUUGCUUAAAACAAAGAAGUUACAAAAUAAUUUGCAAACCUAUCAAAUUUUGGCUCAUUCCAAAAUAAUGUCUUGGCGACAGGGAAUAAUUAGUAAAAUAAUAGCCGGUACUGAGGCUAAACAUAGCAAAAAAAGUUGGUCAGUACUAGAAAGGUUAAUAUUUUUCAUCCCAAAUUCAAAAGUAAAUUAACUUUUUCUUCUAACUUAAAUAUUUUUAAAAAAUUUAUAUUUUUGAUGGGGUUUUUUCCCCCCCCCCCACAACUUAGACGUUUAAUUUAUAUCUUAGGGUACAACAAUGUCCAGCAGCCUGACCCAUGGGGAGAUGACACCACUGUACACAGUGGAGACUCACAAGUCUUAUAAACUGCUGAUCACUGUGAGUUAUAUUUUAUUUUGGUCAAAUCUUGCUGUGUUCUAGCUUGUCUCACCUACCAGUUUGCAAGCACUAAGGUUCCUAAUAAUCUAGUCCACAAUUUUUUAACUAUCUGAAUUAUAAUCCUGGAAGAAUCACAAUCUUUUUUUUUUUUUUUUAGAAACACCAGCCGGACACUAACGUUAAAUUUAAAAGGGUGUUGAGACACCAUGUUAUAAAUACAUUUAUUUUUAAUGGCUCAACUAAACAAUAAAUGAGUGUUUCCAACAUGGUGUGUUCCAGUUGCCAGACUACAUGGGCUCUGACUGGGCGGGUGUCCUGGAGAUAUCCCCCUCCAUGGAGGAGUUCAGAGCCAUUGCCAUGGAAACAGAGAUCGACUCGGAGAACGUCAACAGACAUUUGAGCCUCAGCAUCCACGCCGACCAAUCGCAGUCGUUAGAUCUGCGGAUCUACACACCCUACUGGAUAGUCAAUAAAACAGAUCUUCCACUGCAGUUGAGGGUAAGUGUGGCUUCUGCUGCUGGGAUAAAGGAUUGGUUUCAAAGUGUUUCAUAAGUAUUUGCUGAGUUCAGAAUAACUUUUAAAAAUGUCAAUUAUUCAAAAUAGAAUUUUUAUCCACUGAAGAUUUGUUCAGUGAUACAGGGAAUGAUUUUUUUUCAAUAUUUUCAUCGUCGAAAAUGUUUCCUUGAAAGGAAAAUUUUUGUACGUCAUAAUUUUCUUAAAAGCGGGUUAUAAUGGUGGUAAACUGGUAUAUAACAUUGCUGAACAUUGAACUGGACACAGUCCUUUGUUUCUGUAUGACAUAAAAUUUGUAAAGUUGGCCAAAAAUCAAGAAAAACUGACAUGGAUGGUGUUUAUAUUUUUUGUCUUCUUCUUUUAAAAAAAAACGUACAGAUUGGCUGUUUUAAAAUUUAUUUUUUGUUUUCUUCAAAAAGCAGGGUUCCUUGUCAGACGCCGUCUAUGAGUUUGGAAACUCCCCAAAUCCACUCCUCUUCAGGUUCAAGAAGCAUAAAAGGAAAAAAGUAGGAUUUAAAAAGAAUCCGGUCGAAGUUGGCAAUUGCUUAUAAAAACUAUUAUUUGGUUUACAAAUGAUUUUCUAAAGGAAUUCAUGAAAAUUUGAUAAAAUGUUUUGAGAAAUUUGUGUCUAUUUGCUAACCAGUUAACAGGUGGCUUGUUUUUUUUUUCAGUUUGAAAAAAUUUUUGUUUUUCCUCAGGCAAAGCUUCGAGUGUACGAGUCCCGCUGGUCACAGUCUUUCUCCACAGACACAGUUGGUAGUGGCGGUGUAGUUAUCUGCAAUGAUAAAGAGAGGGGCAAAAAAUACAUGGCACGUUUUAUUGGCUUGUUAUUUUUAAAUUUUUUUAUUUAGGCCAUGCUUGUAACUAGAAUUGAGACUUUUUUCUUAAAAGGUGCAGAUUUUAAGUACGUUUCAUUGAGAAUUAUGUUAAGAAAUGGUUGUAGAGCAUCUAUGCAAAUGGCUGUUUUCAUUCUAACAAGUGUAAACAAAUUUUUUUUUCAUUUUAUAAUCUUGUGUUGCAGUUUCUGGUUCAAAUUGCCCUGUCCAAGUUACGUCUGACCAAAAUAGUGACCAUCAUGCCCUUCUUCCUGGUCAUUAACAGUUCCAGACAGAAGCUCAGGUACAUGGAGGAGAAUGAGAAGGCUGAUUUGUGGAUUGAUAUAGAACCUGAUCAGGUAAGUUUGUACAACUAGACACACACCCCACCACCCACAUAGAUCAGGUAAUUUCUCUUCUGAUAUUAGAUAAGUUAACUUCAACUAGACAGUCCCAUAGUUCAGGUAAUUUCUCUUGAGAUAUUAGAUAAGUUAACUUCAACUAGACAGACCCAUAGAUCAGGUAAUUUCUCUUCUGAUAUUAGGUAAGUUAACUUCAACUAGACAGACCCAUAGUUCAGGUAAUUUCUCUUCCUGUAUUUAGGUAAGUUAACUUCAACUAGACAGUCAUGGUUGAGGUAAGAAGUUAAACUAGAUAGUUGGUCAUGAUCAAGUAUCAUUUGAGAUUAAAAUUCCAAAAUGUAUUUAACUUUAUUUUAUUUUGAUAUAGUAUGUGACUGCAUUGGUCAAUUUUUUCAGAUGUAACCAGUAUCUCAUUAAAUUUCAAUAUAUUUUCAAUCUAAAAUAAUGCAGUUCAGGAUCAUACAUUUGGUCAUAUCAUUAAGUCUUCAACAAUAAUUUUCACUUCAUCCACAAAAUCCAAUAUUAUAAACUGUUCAACUAAAUCAGCGGGGGUCAAGUAUUUUCCCCAAUUCAUUUAUUUCUGUCAAAUAACGUAUUCACAUUUUAGAAUACAUUAUUUCUGAAGCUCAUAGUUUAUGGAUCGACAUAGAACCUGGUCAGGUAAGUUUGUACAACCACACAGUCUCAUUUCUUAUUAUCUCCCUUUCUCUCUCAGUACCAGUCAUUCUGGCCAGUGACUGAAUCAUUCAAUAUGUAUGUCAAGUUUGAUGGUAGCAAUGUGUCAUCCCUACACUUCCCUAUCAAGUCUUGCCAUAACACAGUGCUCAGGAUGGACCAGGGGGUAAUCAUUAUUUUUUAUUACCUUACGUACUUUGUUUACUGAUGAAGAAAAAAAAUCAUUUCAUAACAAAGUAAUCCAGGAUGGACCAGGAAGUAAUCAUUAUUUUUUAUUCCCUGAUGUACUCUGUUAACUGAUGAACCAGGGGGUAAUUAUUAUUUUUAUUACCUUAUGUACUAAGUUUACUGAUGAAGAAAAAAAUAAUUUUUAAAAAUAUUAUUAUGUCAACCAUCUUUAGAUGAGCAUGACGUCUCUAGUCUAAACAUAUCGCUAAAUACGGUCAAUAUUAUUUUAGGAUAUUGUCCACAAAAAAUAUAUAAUUUUACUUGUUCCAUUAACUUAAGUAAAUGGUGAUUUAUUAUUAGUUAUAAUAAACAGACCCAUAGAUAAAACAGUAAAAAAAUAUUUAUACAAUUGAAAGUUUGAGAGUUUUUCUUGUGCGGAACUCGCUCUUACUUGUGAUGUCCAUUUAAAUAUAAUUUUACAGACUUGGACACAUGACAAAUUAAUUUCUUUUAGCAAGGAUAAUAUUUUUUUGUACUCUCUCCGCAAGUUAAUUGUUCAAAAACCAAUUUGUGUACAGAGAGCCCUGUGCGUAGAGGUAACAGGAGGGACCGACACGCCCAUCACAAUCAUAUUCACCAACUAUGAGCGAGGCGACACCCCAGUCAGAGUGGAGAAUUUGUGCGAAGAUGUCUUCAUCAAGAUACAUCAAAAGUAAAACAUCUAAUGCUGUGUUGUUUUUUUUGUUGUUUUUUGUGUGCUUGUUUCUUCAUUGCUAAAUAACAAAAAAUAAUAUUGUCUCUUGUCAAAUGGGAAACAAGUUUGAAUGAUCAGCUGGUAGUUACCUGUACCACUGUGUUAAAAUUGACGAUGACAGGGAUUUGACACACAUUUUUUGAAAAUAUUUUUUUUUCAAAUUUCCUCCCAAAAACUUGAAAUGUGAGUUUUUCACAACAUAAUAAUUAACAAAAUUAAUUAUAAAGAUCGCUUCAGCUAUUUUUCCCCUUCAAGUUACUUGUUAUAUUUCUUACGUGCAACCUCUUAUCUGUAAAAGAACUAAUGAGAUUGUAUUUUUAAAAUUUAACUGUUCAAAAUUCUUGACGAUAAGGAACCAAAGUCAGGUGACCCUGCUGUCGCCCAAUCAGAGCAUUCUGUACACUUGGGACGAACCAUCAGCUGAGAGGACACUCAUGUGGAAUGUCUACAGUAGGAAAAAGCCAAGUUUCCCAGCAUUCAUCACAAAGGUAAAUAUAAGAGUUCAUAGUGGAGUUUAAUAAUGUUAAUUUCUUAUAUAAUUUUUUUUUUAAAAAUUUAAAAAAUUGUUCUAAAAUAUAAAUGUGUCGAUGGUGUAGACUUCCUAAGAUAAAAUCACAAAGCCUGGGAUUUUUCUUUAGGAGGAUAAGCUGAUUCCCUAGACAGCAAAUCACCUCUCUCCACGCAUCUGGAUAAACCAAAGGGAACAUCAAGUGUCGGUGACACAGCUUGGCACCAGUAGUGUCGCAGGAGUUGCCAGAAUUUUCAUUGUGUCUGUAUGUCAUACCAUCCUCGGGGUUUGAAUUCAGAGUUUUCUCCUCUUAGAUGAGUUGCCAUCCCAGAUCAAUGAGUCCCAUCCACCCGGGGUGCCGGUGGUGUUUUUCCUUGUCCGGGCUUUUGCUGGGGAUUGAACUCCAAUCCACAAGUUUGGGGUUUACUCAGUUCAGUUACCGCUCAGCCACACGUACAAAUUAUAUCACAGCAAAAAGAAGUUUUACCAGAGAAAAAACUUGUGUAGCUUGUUGCAUAUGGAUUAGUUCAAACGUCAAAUUCUCAUCUUAAACAAAAAAUGAAUGUCUGUUUUGUCAAACCAGGAUGGUUCAGGGGAAGUCAGGCUGAGUGUGGCAUCACUAAGGAAUACGGGUAACUCAGGGGUGGACUUUACAGACGCAAGAGAAACUGAUGACAGCAGUAGUCCAGAAGGUAAUGUGCCAUGAAACGGUGACUUAACGAAUGACUGGUAAUUAAACUAAGUUAAAGGAAGUGCCUUGCUCCAGUUUGAAAGUGUUACUGCCCUUGCUUUCAGAGUUCUCUUAUACAAUGCAGUGGCUUGGUCUUUUUUUACAUUUUGUGUGGGGUGUCUUUUAACAAAAUUUUGUAUGUGUCUCAGGUUUAUAGCCAUUUCAUAAGUAAAUAAAUAUGUAAUGUAUUUUCGCGCUUAUAAGACGCAGAUUUUGACAAUUUGUGUACAAAAUAUUUUAUGUAAGACACGGGUUUUGACAAUUUGUGUAAGCAAAAAUUACAUAAGACGCACGUGGCCUAGCCAUCUAGGCCAUAAACAAAACCAUUUAAACAUACUAUAAUAUGUACAUUUAAAACAUUUACACCGACUAAAGUUAGAUCUGCAAUAAUUACGGUAUACAAAACUGUAACAAAGGGAUUUUAAAUUUGAAGUGGCCUGCAUUGGACUGGUGCACAGGGUCAUUACUGAACAACUACCCAUUUGUUUUUACAACUAGGGAUGAACCUCGUGAAACAUGAAUAUCGACCGCAAUAAUGGUCCUUCAUUUUCACACACACUGUACAGUUCGUUCGCGUUUAAAAAAAUACUUACCAUAUUUUCUCGCAUAUAAGACACCUAAUUUUAAGACGCACCCCUAUUUAAGAUGCGGGUUUUGAGGAUUUGUGUAAAAAAUACCUUGCAUAAGACACACCCAUUUAUAUAUAUAUGUAAAACUUUCUAUAAGAUGCGUCUUAUGUAUGUGAAAAUAUGGUAACUACAUUGCUGUAAAAAAACUAUCAUUCUAUAGAUGAGAGCGAUGAGACUGACGCCUUGAUUGCCCCCAAUGACCGUUCACAGCUAGGACACACUCGGGUGGACAAGCUGGUGGUCUUCUGGGUCUCCUAUCUGGACGGCAUGCAGCGGGUUCUGCUUUUCACCCAGGACGAGAGGGUCUCUAAAGCUGUUCGCAAGGUAGGGCACACAGCACAUGCCUGCUGAGAUGGGAUUUGUUAGAUUUACUUAUUUAUGUCUCCUACAACGUUUGCUGCAAUGUAUCUUCAACGUAAUCUGCUUAGUUUAUUUAUUUGUUUGUUCUCUUUGUCCAAUGAUCUGCUCCAGUGGUUCUCAACCUUGUCCCUGAUUGCAGAUCCAUUGAAGCUGAUAAUAAGCCUCUACAGCAAACCAAAUCCCGCCCCCCCCCCCCCCCCCCCCCCCCCCCCCCCCCCCCCAAAACAACAACAAGAAAACACAUAAAUUAGAAAACAAAAUAAUUUGAAGUUAAAUGAUAAAUUAGUUUGAGGACCUUGCAGGAUGACCCUUUUGGGGAACACUGAUGUACAGGAAUCAUAUAAUUUUAAUGUGUAUGAACUGAAGUAAAUGCCUGCUUAUUCUUCUUAAAUUUACCCCCAAAAUUUUAUAUGGUCCUGCAUUUAGAAUUGGCUGACUGUGUUAGAUGGACUAGUAGUGGUAAAAAAAACGUAUUGAGAGAUAUGAUAUUGGUGUGGUGGCGCUCACCUGUAGUGGAUGUCUGUAGUACUUGAGAUGAUGUACCAUUGCAUGACUUGUACUAUGUUAGUUUUUUGUGCUGCUAGUACUGGACAAUACCUAAUGGAUGCCGACAACAUUAGAUGUGAUGUCAGUUGAAUAAGUCAACUAUGGAAAUAAACAAUUUACAAAUAGUGGAUUUUUUAAAAAAAAUUUUGAAUGCUGAAUUUAUAUGGAUUUUUUUUUUUUUUAAAUCAUUAGAAAGAUUUGUUGAUAUAUUCUUAGUGUCCAACCUCAAGUCCCAUGCACAACAUCUUUUUUUUAAAAACCGAUAUCUACAAGAUUCUAUUUUCAAAACCUUGCUUUACCGCCUGAAUCUGCAGCUUACAAGUCCCUGCUUGUGUGAAACAACAGCUUUCAUGGAAAUAAAAAAAAUCUACUCAAUUUAAUUUGCAGUAUUUGCUUUGUUGCAGAUUAAAAUUUGUGUUAAGUACAAAAUUUCAAAAACAUUUUAUAAAAUGGUAAUUUUAUUGCUAAUGUGCAUAAUACCUUUAUUGAACAACUCACUUUCCCAUGGCUGAAACUCAAGAGAAAUAUGUGUAUUUUUAUUUUUGAAGAAAUCAUUUUUCUCAACUAAUCAUUUUACAAUCAUUUUUAUUUUCUAAAUUAGACAUAGACGUUAAAUGUUUCAUCUAGAGAAAUUUCAUCUGAUAUUCUUUAUAAGAUCCUUGGACCAUCUCUUAUAAAAUGCUGGACAUAAAUUAAAUCGUAAAAACAUUUAACAUUUCAUUUUCAUUUUCUAACAACAUCAAAUAAGUUAUUUUAUUUACUAACACAUGUUUAAAUUUCUAUGUUUUUUAAAUUAAACUUUAAACCAAAUGUUUUUUUUUUUACUAACAUUUUAAUACUUUGAAAAAAAUGUAGCUGAAAAGUAAGUAUACACAUACCUAACAUUACUUAAUGUAACAUCUAAUGCAAUGGUUCUCAGUAUCUAUUACAAUCCACCCAACCGCUGAAGAGUGACUGUUGGUUUAUUUCAUAGGGCUACGUUCAAAGUGUAGAUUUGCCACGCAGGCGCAAUGAAUUACAGGUAAUAAAAAAACAAAAAAACAAAGCAAGCCGGACAUCGGGACUGAAUGGAUUGUAAAACUUGCAUUGUGUUUACUAAGCUUUGAUUUGUGGACACCAGGACUUCCUUCAUAUAUCUAAAUUCAAGCCCUUGAAAACAAAACAAAAUUAUUGUUUGGGAAUUAUUUUGAUCCAAACUGAUUUAUUUUUGGCGCUUCCCGUUGUUUAAACCUAACGGAGCCACAAUUUAAUAAUCAACUCCACCGCAUAUUAAUGGAGUCCUAUACAAUCAUGAACGUUUAUUUCCUGUACGUUCCUCUAACUGCACCCCCCGCAUAACACCUCUUGUUUUUUUUUUCUUUUUUUUUUUUCACCUCCCACUUUGCUUACCUCCCUUCUUGGUUCAUGCAUUAAUUGUUUGUAACUAGUUUUCUUUAGUUACCUGUAAUGUUACUGUGUCACAUGCUUUCUUCUGUUGGCUAAGGAAAUGUCCUAUCUUUGUUACAUGUGUUCAAAAAAAAAAAAAGAAGGAAUGUGUUGAUUCAGUUUCUAAGUUUCCACUUCUCAGGGUUGUUUUUAGUUUGCUUUAGUGCAGGCCUGCACAACUCAAAAUGUAAGGCGGACCGUUAUACUUUAUGAAAAACUUGUGUGGGCCAAAAGAAAAUAGGACAAGGGGGAAAAUAAUAAUAAUAACGAAUAUUUCGUUACUUCCUGGGCCAAAAAGUGGGUGCUGGCGGGCCGUAUGUUGCGCAGGCCUGCUUUAAAGUGUAAGGGAAUUAUAUAAUUAUUUGAAACAAACAAAAAACAAAACUACAGAUAAUUAUUCUUGACAAGAAGGAAAAGAGAAUAAAGGGAAUAAAUAUUUACUCUUGUCUUCUUUCAAACCACCUAUUACUAUAAUAACAAUACUAAAAGCAAGAGCUACCUUUUUGGGGUCUGGAAUGGAGAGAUAUUUUAAAAAAAUCCAUUUUCAAAGUCAUCAAAGAUUUUUAAAGAUAACUUUAUUGAGAUCUCUCAAUUUUUGUCUGUUCUGUUUGUGAUUUGUUUUAAGCUUUCUUGAGCAUGCGUAGACCUAUGGCUUAGCAGGUUUAGACUAGCAUAGACAGACCAAUAAUUAAACAGCACAGCCACUGACUGCUUAGCUUUUUUGUUUUGGUACAGUGGUUGAGAGCUUCCUAGUUUGUCUCCUGGUGGGAAGACGCUGUAAGAAGACUAAAAAUAUUUUAUAAAGAUCAGUAUAGCAAGGCAAGGUCAUUUAUCGGGUGCACCUAUCGUCAUGACAUGAAAAACUGGCAUAUUUGUUCUAUGGAUUAUGCUUUAUUGGUACUGUAAGCAAAAGUUUAUUGUCAAAAAAAUUAAAUAAAAUAUUUAUUCAAAAUUAUUUUCUAAUAGUCCCAAUCCAUUAAAACACCUACAAAUUUUAUAUAUUUUUAAAUUUUUACAAUUUCAUUUUCGUUCAGUUCCUUGAAAAUAUUCAUUUUCAAUUUGAGCAUUUCUCUUUUUUUCUUUAAAAACAAGAAGGAAUUAUUCCCUUUAAUGUACUUAAAUUUUCUUGUCACCUUUUAAGCUAUCCCUACAACAUAAUAAUAACAUCCUGCCCAACCCAACUAUACGCAAAUUCGUUCCAUCAUUUUUUUUAACCAUCAGUAAUAAAAUUUAAAGUCAACCCUGGAUAUUGUAACCUUCUAUAAUGUUUAUUUAAUGCUAAUGUUCACUUCAAUGAAAAUCUUAAAAAUAGAAAUGCAUCACAACAACAACAAAAAAGAGAGAAAAAAAACGGCAAUGUAGUUUCUCUGUACACUCAAAUUUAUAUUUUGAAAAAAUUAUUUUUUUCAUAUCUCAGUAUGUUAAUGUACUUAGGAACUUAUAUAUUUUGAACUUGUUAUUUUUAAAAGAAAAAGGGGGAAAGAAGGAAAUUUCAUAGUGGGUGGUAGUAACAACUAAAUAUAACAUGUUUGUAUUGAUAUUUUCUCCUUCUUUAUCAAAGUAAAUGCUCACUCUAAACAUGUACCUGCUGGUGAUAUUGGUGUUAGAUGUCUUCUCUGUUUUGGCACUCUUAGAUCAACGAGGGAGAGAAUGCAGAUCUGGCCGUCUUUGCGUCACUUGAAGGGAUCAGCAUCUCCGUCAUCAACUCCAUGUACCAAGAGGUGGCACUGCUGUCGGUGGCCAGCUGCCCGGCUGUGUGGGAGGUCGAGGUCAAGGAGAAAUGGAGGUCACUCAGUGUGGAGCUGGCCACAUGGCUCGAGGACCAGUGGAAGGGAGAAGUUAUCUCAGCCAGUCUGCAUGAUCAAAUUGAGGUGAGGGUUGCCUAUUAUUGUCAAUGUUCUUUCCUUAUGGUCCGCAACAGUGGUGCUCAUCCCUUCUUUCACUAUGGUCUACAAAUUAGGUUCUCAAGGAAUCUUUCAAGAAUUUUUUAACUUCCAUAUUAAUUACCCAAAAUAUGAGUGUCAUGUUCUAAUGCAGUGAUUCUCAACCUUCCUAAUGCCGCGAUCCCUUGAUACAGUUCCUCAAGUUGGGGGCGACCCCGAAACACAAAAUUAUUUUUGUUGCUUCAUCAUAACUGUAGAGUAUAUGUGUUUUCCGAUGGUCUUACGUGACCCCUGUGAAAAGGUCAUUCAACCCCCAAAGGGGUCAUGACCCACAGGUUGAGAACCGCUGCUCUAAUGUAAUCCAAAGAUUUAUUCCUCAGAAAUAUUAGAUAUUUUAAAUAUUUUGUUUAUUUCUUUAAGUACAAUCUUUUUUCCUUAACAAUAUCAUUUUGUCCCGCCAGGCUGAUCUUAGCAAAAUGCAGAUGACCAAGCCCUACAUGGGGGCCCUGAGGCGAACAUUUCACCCUGGUGUUUGGUGUCAGUACCGCAGCUCUAAGCACCAUCUUGCAGUGAAUGUCACCUUACAGACAUUACAGGUAAAAAAAAAAAAGGGGGAAAACAAGUUCAACCGUUUUACUAUAUAAUCAUGACACAUACAACAACUUGUACCAGAGAUUAAGCCUCUAUGGGUUUUUAAAAAAUUUAAAUUAUGCUUUCUCCCUUCAGUCAAAGUUGUUAAUAAAUAGGCACGACAUGCAUGCUUGUUUCUUUUACAAGUGAAUAAACUUGUAGUUUAUCAUGUUUGCUGUUUCAAAACAGAUAGACAACCAGCUCCCCGAGGCGUACUACCCCACUGCCCUGUCACAGACCCCCAUACCAACUUAUGUGCUGAGACGCAUGGGACCAAAGCCUUUCGUUGAGCUGGGGGUGAUGAGACGCACAGUUCCAGAACAAAACAUUGACACCAUCAGGUGGGUGGGUGUUGAUAUCUCAGUCAACCACCGGUGCUGACUAAAGAUGUGGGAUAGAGGAAGAAAAAAAUUUUAAUUUCUAGAAAUAUAUCAGUAUCCCAAAUCUUGUACGUUUCAGAAAUGCAAAAAUUUUUAUACGUUUCAGAUAUGCAAAGAUUCUUGUGCAAGAGUUUAAUUUGAAACUGGACAAAGGUUUUAUUCUGUCCCUCGUGGAUGUCAUUGGUCAGCUGACCCCUACAGUGAAAGAGGUGACUCGACAUAUCAGUGUCAUUUGAUGUGAACUUAAAUUUCAGUGUUAUUUCUUGUGUCAUAAGUCAGUUGGUGUAACUGCAGUAUUUGAAAACUGGCCCCCUUUACUGUAAAUCACUAUUACUAAACAAGGAACUAAAAAACAUUUUUUUUUAAAAUUUUUACCAACUUUCUGUUAAAACUAGGCCUAAUAGUUAUAUCAUUAUAUAUUAUCAGUCAACUUGCUACAACUCACCAAACAAUCGUGGCCACAAUGCAUGAACUUCCCAAUCUUCAAAAGCUACCUGACAAAACAUGCUUUAAAGUGAUCCACUUUAUUAGAGUCCCAAUUAGUUCCCUCCCCCCCAUACGCCAUCCGUCCUUCAACUAUAUUAAUGUUCUAAUGUCCUACCCCCCUUUUACACCACAGAUUUAUUACUCCAGCUAUUGCUGUGAAAAAUAUAUAUAUAUAUUACACACCAAAUGCACUUCGAUUGCUUUUAGUGAAAUCAGUGCCAUCUGGGAGCGUUAGUGACAUUGUUUCAUGGACAGUUAUGCACUUUGAUAAAGAUUAAAAGUGGGGAAAACACUCUGAACAAUGCUGGACUUUUUUUUAACUCUAUUUAAAUGGAGUUGAUGCAGACUGUUCUAAAUAUAUCUUCACAUAUUUACAAUAUUUGUAAAUCAAGUGUCCCACCAAUUUUGAUGCACUGAAUGACCCCUUUAGACUAAGCUGUGUAGCAUUUUACUUAGUUUUCCACUAAACCAGAUAUAUACAAGCAUUUUAUGUAAUUUGUAGGUACAUAUUUUUUUUAAAUCACCCAUAUGAAUUUAAUAGAAAGUUGGUAAUAAUUUUUAAAAAUAUGUCUUUUAAUAUUUGUUAAGGACUAUAACGUUGCCAAACAAAUUUUUAAUCUUAGAAUUUUCACUCUCUUCAACAGAGCUUCCAACUACAGUGUGAUUUGUGUUUAGCCAGGCAGUCUUUGAAAGAAGCAACAGCCAUAUUGGUGAGAUAAGAAAAUAUAAAAAAAGCCAUAUUGGUGAGAUAAGAAAAUAUAACAAAAGCAAUAUUGGUGAGAUAAGAAAAUAUAACAAAAGCCAUAUUUGUGAGAUAAGAAAAUAUAACAAAAGCCAUAUUUGUGAGAUAAAAUAUACAACAAAAGCCAUAUAGGUGAGAUUAAACAUGGAAUGAAAUUUCUCUUAAACACAGGAAACUAAACUGAAAUAGUUUAUCAACAAGAAGUAAUAAAUUUAAAUUUGUUCCAACCAAUUCAUAGCUGCCUCCCUUGUUUAAUCAAAUUUAAAAGCUAAAGGAUUUUAUAGUUUUCUUUAUUUAAGUAUAUAAUCAAAAUGUUAUUGUGGAGCAUUUAAAAACUAACAAAAUGCUUGAUAAAAUGUAGAAUUUUUGAGUUCACAAAAUGCCUUUUAUUUUAUGUUACACCUAUGACCUUUGCCAUUUUUAAAACAAGUUUUUGUCUGCAGAUUUCUUCCAGACCUCAGAAGAUUUACUUUGAAUACCUCCACCUCUCCCCACUCAAGGUCAGAACAUUUUCAAAACCACAAUCCAUCAUCCAUUAAAACAAAGUCAUACUCAUGGCAAGAAGAGAAUUAGAUGCCUAAAUGUUUUUUUCAGUAGAGCUCAAAUCUACAAGGCCCUAAAACUCCAGGGUGUGCUGUCGAACCUUGUAACAUAGAGAUACCGGUAAACUAAAAAUUAUUUUCCUGCAUGUCUAUGAUUAUUAUUGUUUCGGUAGAAUAUUUAAUUCUGUUUUUUUUGUUGUUUUUUUUCAUCUUCAGUUGCACCUGAGCUUCUCACUGAACGGCAAGGCCUACUUGGCGCCUGUCAAUCAUGUGCAGAACUCCAGUCUUAAAGGUGACAUAGUGGACUUCUUCCUCAACUCUGUGGGCGUCACCUUGACAGAGAUAAAAAAUGUGGAGCUCAGGUCAGAAUUUGUUGCUUUCAGGUCUUGUUUCAGUGGUAAAUCAAUGCAUCUCUUCCAUCUUAACAUGGCUUGGAGACAUUUUGUUUCAGUGAUAAAUCAAUGCAUCUCUUCCAUCUUAACAUGGCUUGAAGACAUUUUGUUUGGAAAAAAAUUUUUUUCUCAAUUUUAAGUUAUCUUGAUUCUAAAUAAAAUAAAUGAAGCUAAAAUAGAGAAAUUAUAAUUCUUAUUUUGUCUUCAGCCCUUUUAAAUGAUUUUUUUUUUUCGUUGUCCUGUAUUUAGGUUAUAUAUAAAACUUAAUGAAUGUCCCCAUAAGUUAUUAAGGUUAUAUAUUCAACUAUUUGAGGUUCCCCAAUGGUUAAUGAGGUUAUAGGUAAAACUAUUGGAAUUCCCCCCAUUAGUUUGUACAUAAAACCAAUGUAAAAGCCUCUCUAUUCAUUAUGUCAUGUAUACUCUAAGGAUGGCCUACUUUGAGCGUAAAGGUGUGCUCCUGUCCAACAAUCAGCUGAUGGCCCAAGUUCAGUCCCACUACACACAUCAGAUGUUGCAGCAGGCCUACGUCCUUAUCCUGGGUCUCGACGUCCUGGGCAACCCUUACGGUCUGGUCAAAGACUUCACUCAGGGUCUUGGCGACUUCUUCUAUGAGCCAUUUUUGGUAAUAGGAAUCGGGGACCCCGGUUUUUAAACAAGAAUAGUUUGGUUUUUUUUAAAAGAAAUGUGAUAAUUUAAGAGCUUUUCAAGAACCCUGAAAUUGUUUCUAUUUAAAGUAAGAAAAAAAGUUGGUGUCUUGGUAGACUAAAAGAAAUUUACUUCAGUAAAAGAAAAGCAUCAAUUUCCAUGAACUUAUUCUGAGUUAUAAUUUCCUGCAGGGUUCAAUCCAGGGAAGAGAUGAAUUCUCAGAGGGUCUUGCUCGGGGAGUAGAGAGCCUCAUGGGAAACACAAUAGGUAAGUUUAUUUAUUCAGCCAUUUAGCUUUAGUUUACAAUAAUUCAAGGAAAUAAAAAAAAUAAUAAUAGUUAUAUCAAGAGUUAUCUCUACAUUUGUUUUAAUCAUCUCACUACACCAACACAGGUGGCACUGCUGGUUCAGUGGCUGGUAUAGCUGGAGGCAUUGGAAGAACACUGGCUGCACUCUCCUUUGAUGAUGAUUACAAAAGGGUAUGAAAACUUGUCUCCAUUAGUUCUUUCUGUAAAUAAAGGGUUAGAUUUUGCAAAUGGGUAAAUUCUUGGAUCUAAACAUCAUUUAUUUUCAACCCAGUUUUAAUGAAGAGUGCUUCACUAUAUUUCUUCCUAAAGAUGAAAAAUGAAUUUUAUUUAUGGGCUACAACUAUUAGUCUGAUAAAUUUUAAAUUUUAACUGUAAUUUUAGGCUGACAGUAACAAAUGAUAGAUAAUGAAACAAUAACUUGUAACUUUAGAAUAAAUCCCAUGACCUGGCAGUGAUUGUGAAUGUUAUUUGCCCAACAGAAAAGACGCAUGCGAAUGCAACAAGAGCCGAGAGGCCUGCCGUCUAGUCUCGCUUUAGCUUCUAAAACACUUGUGUUGGGUGUUGGGCUUGGUUUAUCUGGUGUUAUACUCGACCCAAUCAAAGGUAACCAACCAUCUUUAUGAUAUACUCUUAGUAAUCAUUAUCUACCCAGUAUAUCAUUACCUACCUUGUAUAUUAUUAUCUACCCAGUUCUGCGAUAUCAUUAUCUAACUAGUAUAUAAUUAGCCACUGGGGCACUUAUCACAUUUUAACACAUGAAAAUGUCAUAAGUGCUACAACUACUUUAUUACAUCACAAGUUGUUAAGUAUUCAUUUAUUUUUAUUUUUUUUUUUACAUUUAAAUACAAAUUCUGUUUUAAAGAACUGAACUCUUUGGUUGUGAAUGUUUAAUUUGUGUCUUUGCUCCUGGCUCAGGUGCUCACGAGGAUGGUGUGGAAGGCUUCUUCAAAGGAGUCGGGAAAGGUUUGCUGGGUCUACUUACCAAACCUACAGGUGGCAUCGUGGACAUGGUCAGCAUGGCGUUUGAUGGCCUCAGGAGGUAAGGAAUUACCUCUAAUAGGGAAGUAGUUGUUUACAGAUUUGUUCCGGUGCAGAGAAAUGGGAACCAAUCGAAUGGAGAAUACAAAUUAGAAACCUAUCAAAUAAUAUAAAUUAUAUAAUACCGUUAUAUAUAUAUAUAUAUAUAUAUAUAUAUAUAUAUGUUAAAUUAAUCAUAGAAGUUAUAAUGAUUAAUGAUUGUUUGAACUGAUCAAAUUUGUAUUUGAAAUAAAAAAAUUUAAACUGAGCUAUGGCUAAAAUAAUUUAGAUCUUUCAUGACACAACAUUUUUCCAAUACAUUGCACCUGUGCCCCUCUGACAUAAAAAAAAAAAAUUAUGCAAAGCUGGUCACUGUAUUUAUUCUUUGUAAGUAGGUCAUAAGUUGUAAAACAUCAUCUUUAAAAAAAAAAAAUUUUAAUACAAUAAUACUUCAGGGGUAACACGUUUGGUGUCACGUCUUAAAAAUAAUAAAUGAUGUCUUUGCGUCACUCUACCCUGCUCCUCCAUGCUUUGCUUCAGAUCUGCCGAGAUCGAAGGUGGUGUUGUGGCCAGGGUGAGGUUGCCUCGUUUCAUCAAUCCACAAAUUGUAAGUUUAAAUGUGGUCCAAUCUCUAAAUAUUUAAGAGCAAAUUUUAGAAGUGUAACGGACUAUGUUUUCACAUGAAAACAGAGAGGUAGCAUGAGUGAACAGUGAAUUGUGUUGACCAUGUAUUUUGAGAGGACAAUGUGAGCUCCAGCAAAAACCUCUCAUUUUAAUACAAAAACACAGAGCGGUUGUUUUCCACGCUUUGCUGGUAAUAAAGUAUGAGUUGACUGAGAUAGUGAGAGCUGAGCGCAGAGCAGUAGAGAACAGUAGCGUGAGAGCUGUGUGAUUAGACAGUUGAGCUGAGUUAUAGUAGUGUGAGGACGUGUCUUUCUUAAUGAUGGAAUACUAUAGAUAUAUAUGUGAAAUUACAUUCAUGCAAGGAUUAUUUAUUAAUAUUAUCAGUAUAAAGUGUGUUCAAUAAAGUACUGUAAGUUUAACCAGGAUUCAGUAUUCUUAUUUGCGUGCCUGAAGUGGAAGAAUGAAGAAGUCUUAGUCGGCAUUCUGAAUUACUAACUUAAAACAAGUAACCGUGCUACUGACAUAACCCACAGCCUAAGAAAUAAGUUACAAUGAUAAUGAUGUCAGAGCAUAGAUGUGUUACAAGAAGAAAAAAAAUAAUAAUAGAUCCGCUUAUUUUUUAUUUAAAAAAAAAAUAGAAGUAGAUGAAUCAUAAUGCCAUCAUGGCUAAAUCGCAUAAAAUGCCACUAUGGCUGAAUCACAUACAAUGCCACUAUGGCUGAAUCAAAUUAUCCAUAGACAAAAAACAAACAAAUUGAUGCCAUAAAUGGGUACUGUAAUGUCACUUUAUUAAAGUUUUUCUUGAUAUUAAAUUAUUUUUUUUUAAAUUUCACUUCAAUUUGGCAAUUUGUCUUCUCUUUGCUGUUUAAAACUGUAAAUUUCUAGACUGCCUUUCUACAGCAUAACAAUGAUAUGAAUCAACCUGAUGUAACCACUAUUUCUUUUUUUCCUUAGGGUCUACAACCAUUUUCACCCCAUAGAGCUGCAGGUCAAAGGUUGCUACAAAGUAUCCUGAAGGGGGAGUUGUCCAAGACGGACAUCUACUGGGCGCACAUUCCUCUCAGUAAAGAAGAAAAAGCCAGUGUGGUGCUUAUCACAGACAGGUAGAGAAUUUUUCAGAUACGGCACAAAUAUUUUGAUACAAUAGAAAAUUAUAUAUUUGUCUGAUCCGUGCUUCGAAGGGAUCCCUUAAGCCCUUAAGAAAAAAGUUUAGAUUUUACUUCUCAAAGCUAUCCCAUUCACUUAGUUUUUUUUUUAAUACAGAUACUCAAUUAUCUGAUCUUUUCCAAAACUGGGAUUUCACUGUCCCUUUUCCGAAAUACCCUUGAGUUCAAGAGUUCUUUUAAUUUGGUACUGAAAAUGUGUUUAUUAUGUGACUCCCUCAAAUUAAUUUUUUUUCAUAAACGUAUUUGUUCAAAAUAUUUCUUGUGACCAUCUUAGAGUCUUGUGGUUUGUAUCUCGAGACUUGUGAUUUGUAUCCCGAGACUUGUUGUUUGUAUCUUGAGACUUGUGGUUAUUGUGGUUUGUAUCUCAACACUUUUGGUUUGUAUCUCUUUCAGACAAACUUCUAAAAUUAUUCCAUUUUUGCUUUGUUGUGUCAGGCAUUUGCUGCUGCUAGAAAAGUGUCGUUUCUGGGGCAGCUGGGAUGUAGACUGGAAAGUUUCCAUUGACAGAAUCCUCGGCGUACCUGCAAUUAAGGAUGACAAAAUGAUCUUCAAGAUCAAAGAGGUAGGCGGAAAGCUGUGAACAACUCAUCUCUAUCAAUACCAACAUCUAGUGUUUUUUAGAUUUGUCAAAAGUAUUGCAUGUCACAAAAAAAGGGUGUCAGCAGCUAAUUCCACGUCCUACACGCAAUGGGGACCUGUCACUCAAUGGGGAUCUAUCACUCAAUGGGGACCCAUCACUUAACCGGGACUAUCUCUCAAUGGGGACCUAUUUAUUGAUCUAGUUCUUAUCUCUGACUCCAGGAACUUGAUUAUAAUACUUUAUAUCCACAAAUUAAAAAGAAGGUGUCAAUUUUACAAGGUUUAGAAUUUGAAAUAUCUGCCCGUUUCUACUAUGUUAAAAAUCAGGAUUAAUUUGACACAAUUUGAGUAAAUAAAACAAUACUGUAUAGGUAAGCUUUAAUUGAAAGAUAAAAUAUAAUUCUGUAUAACAAAAAAAAAAACACAAAGCAGAUGAAUCUAAAUUAAAUUUGACAUAAUAAUAUAUAUAUGAUAUAAAUAUAUAUGUAUUAUCUACUUAACAGUUUUCGGGGUCCAACAUUCUAAAUAUUAGUGAAUCACAAAUCAUGAAAAUUUUCCAUUUUUUUAAAGGAUGACUCUGGAGUGAACCUGUUUUCAAGUGGAGAAAAAGAAAUUAUCUGCCAGGAGGCUGACAUUUUGGUAUGGCUUCAAGACCAGAUAUCAAGAGUCAUCAAGUACAACACACAGUAAAGAUCCCUCACUUUGACCUGUUUCCGAUCUGUGUGGUUUGCCAGUUCAACUGAUGCAAAUAAUGAAGUGAUAUGAAGUGAUAUACAAAAAAAAUAUCCUUCCCUGAUAGAAUUAUAUUUUCAUGAGACCAAUAAUAACGCAUGACCUAAGACAAUGCAAUAUUUCUUAUGGACCAAGUUGAUAUUUUGAAUCUAUUUGUCUUCACCCUUUCUGCUUGAGCCACAUAAGAUUUUCACUUUUUAGGAGGAAUCUGAUAAAGUUUUUGAAUUUAUUUCAUUAUAAUAGUUUUGAAAUUUACAAUAAACACUGUAUUUAAUGUAGUGUUAAAAAAAAAAAAAAGGAAUCUGAUAAAGUUUUUGAAUUUAUUUCAUUAUAAUAGUUUGACAUUUACAAUAAACACUGUAUUUAAUGUAGUGUUCAAAAAAAAAAAA